GCUUAUUCUGGAAGUUUCCUUUGGGAAGCAAGCUGGUUGGUGUCAGUACUUCUGCCUUUCCCCCAGGCGAACAGCUCCUUUUCCAACAUGAUAGUGUUCAUUUUCUUGGUUGCUAGGCUGAGUUCAGAAAAUGAAUCUUCUUCCCAGACGAGUGACUGUGUACGUUUAGUGCAGCAAUGCUUGAUUGAUACCAACGGCUGUGAGCAGUCAUGGAGAUCAGUGGAGGACACCUGCGUCCUUCCAGGUGACUCCUGCAAGAUAAAUAACUCAUCACAUUGUAAUCUGAGUAUCCAGUCUUUGGUGGAAAAAAAUUUCCAGUUUAAAGAAUGUCUUUGUAUCGAUGACCUCCGCUGUACAGUGAACAAACUUUUUGGGGAAAAAUGCAUCCAUCAGACAGAGGAGACAGCAGGGUCUCCCAAUCAGGUGCCACUGUCAAACGUUCCAGGACACUUCCAGAGGAAAGGUUCAUCUUUAACCUCCAAGAGGAAGGAUGGCUGCAUCACAGCAGCAGAGGCCUGCCAGGAAUCUGAGCACUGCACUCUGCUCCAUGAGAACUAUAAGAAAGCCUGUGGCAAAGGAACUGCCCAAUGCCACACCCUUCGCGGCAGACUGUUGUGUGUCGCCCUAAGAGACAGCCUGAGAGAGACGGUUUUGUGGGAUUGUCAGUGCGGUUUCCCUUUAGAAGAAGACUGCAUUCGGAUUUGGAAAAGUUUAUUUGAAGACAUUUGCAUCCAGGAUACUCAAAUCAAUCAAAUUCCCACCAUCAGUCAAGACAAGGUAGAUGGACUCCAGGAGGACACGGCUUCAGGAUUCAAACAGAUGCAGUCUUGUUUGGAAGUGACAGAGGCAUGCGUAGGGGAUGUGGCUUGUAAUGCACAAUUGGCCCUUUACCUUAAAGCAUGCUCAGCAAAUGGAAAUCUGUGCAAUGUGAAACACUGCCAAGCAGCCAUACGGUUCUUCUAUCAAAAUAUGCCUUUUAACACUGCCCAGAUGUUGGCUUUUUGUGACUGCGCUCAAUCUGAUAUACCCUGUCAGCAGUCCAAAGAAACUCUUCACAGCAAGCCAUGUGCACUGAACAGAGUUCCACCCCCCACUUGCCUCAGUGUAAUUCACACUUGCCGAAAUGAUGAAUUAUGCAGGACACACUAUCGAACAUUCCAGUCAGAAUGCUGGCCCCGUGUGACAGGGAAGUGCCAGGACGAUGAGACCUGCAUCAGCACAUUAGGCAAGGGAGACCUUACUUGCUCUGGGAGUGACAGCUGCAGGGCUGCCUACCUGGGAACCUUUGGGACAGCUCUUCAAGUGCCAUGUACUUGCAGGAGCAUCACGCAGAGCGAAGAACCUUUGUGCAUGGCUCUCCAGCACAUGCUUCAUAGCAAAUCAUGUUUCAAUUAUCCAACUCCUAAUGUCAAAGACAUUUCCUCACAUAAAAGAAAGCAUUCAAAGGAAAUUACUCUGACUGGGUUCAAGUCUCCCUUCAAUGGAGAACUAGUCUAUGCUGUCCUGUGCAUGAUUGCUACCUGUGCAAUUCUUUUCUUGGUGAGGCUCAAGCUGAGGAUAUCAAGUAAAAAAAGAGAUCCCUCACCUAUUGAAAUAGCAGGAGGAGUCAUCACUCAGUGAGCCACAGAUCACUAUCAACUCCAAGUUUUUGUGGUAAACCAAUGGAGAAUUACAUUUGCCAACAAUACGAUUUAAGAUGGAUUUGACGAUAUUCAGUCAUUGUAUACAACAAUGCCUGGCACAGUAAUAUAGCAUAAUCACCACAGAUCUGUUCUUCUUAAAAAAAAUAUUUGAGUAAAUACUUGUAGUGAUGUCAUAACUAGUUGAUAACAUUUCCUUUGGAGACAAAAAGUGCCAUCUAAAAGAAUUUUUGCUUGAAUGGUAUCAGUACAAUUAUCAACUUUUCUCAUAAUAUGAUUCAAUGUAGUUAGUGUUUUAUUUUCUGAACAUUUUUAUAGUUUCCCAUUAACUUGAUCAAAUGAAAUGCUAAUGAGAAUGCUGAAUAUAUUUGUUAUUUGCAUAUUCUUACUUUGUGUAUAAUCAUUAAACAAAUCAUUAACAUUAAACAUAUUUAGUUAGAUGAUUGGUUCUAAAAAUAAAAACUGACACCUUAUGAAUUUUAUAAUUUAAAUUAUAUUGAAUUUUAUUUUUAGUUUGGUAUCUUAAUGUCCAUAAAUACAUAAAGCAACUACAGUGAUAAAGAAAAGUCACUCCAAUAACGAUGUAUUUUAUGGAUUUAAUUUUUCUUUGCUGAUUAAUCAUGAAAUUCUGUAAUAAUAAAGCCAUACUUAUAUUGUCAUUUUCUAUAGUUUUUUUCUACAUUGCUACUUUGUUCUGGCUUGUCAUCAGUGUAAUUGUAUUUGAAAAUAUAUCUACCAAUUAAUGAAUAUACACUUUACAAAUGCAUACAAUCACAUCAGCAUUCACUGUUCAGAAUCUUAAGAUUGUAUUGUUUAGUUACACAAAACAUAAAUAUUUAAAAACUCAAGGACACCAUGUUAGUAAUUAAAGAUACAUUUGCAA